AUGGCAUCCCGGUUCAUGGUGUUUUCAUCUUCUGCUCUCGCCAUUCUGCCCGGCACUUUGAUGCCAGCCAUCAUUCGCAUCAACUAUUUUGGAAUUGCUGCAGCUGCCGAUGCUGCUCCUGAUAUUAAAAUGAUAUUUGGCAUGAUCCUUCGCAUUACUACAGGUGAUUUGAGUCCCGACCAAGGAUGUUUCUACAGCAGGCGGUCGCUGAAUCUCAGCAGAUAUUGCACUGAAUGCGCACACAUACGCGCUGCAGGCAAAUGCACUCCCUCCUCCAUCAUGCAUCAAAAAGAGCAACGGAACCCGUCAUAUGCUGCACCCGUUCAGAAACCGAUUGCUCUCGUUUCCAAUCACAUGUGGCUCGCCGUCUUGGAGAGCAGUCCUGAGGACGCAUGCAUGGCAGAAAACACUCUAUCGAACGACAAUAGCAGGUCUAUGAUGCCUCUCUAUAACAUGAUUCGUGUCCAAGGCGGAGUGGAAUGGUCUAUUCGUAAAUCUAUCCUAAACUGCUUAAUCGCCGUGACCGCGACCCAGGCAAACGCAACUAUCGCGACGGUAAUGCGAACCUCUCGCGCCAGCUGGGUGGCCGACUGCGGGAGCAAAAAUGUAUGGGCGUGGCUGAUUUGCCCCGAGUGCUGGGCCGAGAGGAGGAACUGCUCCAUUGCGCUGAUUGAAGCUGUUGACGAUGCAAGUGUUGGCUGCAAGAGAGUACUGGAAGAGCUUCUAAAAAUUCAGUGUGGGCACGGAUAA